AAAAAUUUCUUGCAAGUCCUAUGUUACAACGCAAAAUCUGCGAUUUCGGCUGACCUGUCGAUCAAAAUGGCCGCCAUUUUGUAAGUAAGGCCAACGUUUUUUUGAAAUUGACAACAAUGACGAAAAAAACAGCGCCACAGCGUUCUAAAAUAUUUCCAUAGGUACUUUCAGAGAUUACAUAUUUUGAUACACAAUUUGAAAAUUUUCAACCACUCAGUAGAACCCUAAAAGUGGUCUUGGAUUUUAAUGGCAAUGACCUAAGUCCGCUUGCAGAGUUUCAAAUAAGUAAGGUUAUUAUACAUGUUUUGGAACUGGAUCAUUUUCCCAAAAACAGGCUGAGUAAGGGGCUAGAGUGAAAAACUGCUCUGGGUGACUUUAAACUCAAAAUUAAGACCUAUUUUAAAUUUGGUUUUCCCCAUCAAAUUCAAAAUGAAAAUCCGUGUUCCGAAUUUCAAAAAUUUACAGUGAUCUGAAGCUCCAACUGAAGAUCAUCAUCUAGAAUGUACCUAUGUGGAGACGGAGAGGAAGGGUAUGAACUUGAAUUCAAAAAAAAGGUAAAUUAUGAAAUUACAUGCGUAAUGUAGAAGGUUACCUUUAACGCAGUCCAUUCUGUCAAUGUAAAAAUGAAACAUAUUCAUUCGCUAAUUUUUUCGCCAUUUGCAUUAAAAUUACAGCAGUAAAAAAAAAUAUGCUUAUAAAUUCAGAAGAAUUUUCCUGCAUUACCUAUGUCAAAGUAAAAAAUUAGACUAAUUGCUUCGCCAUUCGUAUUGAAAUUAUUAUGGCAGUAAAAAAAAACAACAAAAACAUAAUGCUGAUAAAUUCAGAAAAAUUCGACGAUGAUAUCAGUAAACGAGAAGUAAUUCGUACAACGCAAGGUACCUACCUAUAGGUACUUGGUCAAGAAAAACAAUCCAGAUCGUAGAUUUUCAUUUCGAUUGAAAAUAUAACCAGAUACCUACUUGAAACAAGAAAGAAGAAAUGGCUCGUGACGUUCUCUUCAUUCUCAUCACGAUGAUCUUUGUACUGGUGCCAGGUCAACCUCCAGCUCCAGCUCCACCUCCCGACCUCAACGCACCCAAACCAAUCGUUCAAGCUGCUCCAGAAUGUGGGUCUUUGCCAGCAAAAACCUUGAAAGAUAUGCCUUUUAAAACUGGAGAAUCUGUAUGGUGGGUUGGUAAACUGUAUGUGAAUCCAAGUGCAGCACGAGCUCCACCUGCUCCAGGAGCAACACCGGCUCCAGGAGCUCCUUGCGGAGAUAAUGCUUGCAGCAUUAACUCUUACAAUCCAGAUUCCUGCCAAGCAAUAAAGAUCCAGAUAUCAAGAAAUGAAGAUGGCUCAAUUUGUCUGAAGGAAGCUGUAUUCGAUAAAGCGUCAAAUUCUGCUUCGUUAAUCAAAAACACAUGGUUACCCGCAGACUCGUCUAAGGCUAUAAUAAAACAGAUGUAUGGAUACUAUGGGAAAAUGGACAAAAGUGGCACUGUAAACAUCAUCGAUCCUGGUCCACCAGAAGUGAAAACUGCUCAAAGUUCCGAUUUCGUACUCAUAGGCGCAGGUGAAGGAAAAGAAUGGGCUUUAUUUUCCAGCUGCUGUAAAUCUGUUGUAUUUGUUCUGUACAACGACGCGACGAUCUGCGCCAAAUCGACGAAAACCUUCGACCAAGCGAUUGUUCCCCUCCUUCAACCUUUGGGAAUCAAACCCGAAGAUCUUAAAGAUGUUCCUACUGAUUUCCCUAUUAAAUUGGAUAACUUCAUUCCACCUCUUCCUCCAGCAACAGGUGCCCCACCUGCAGCUACUACAGCCUCAACAACCGAAGCAUCUGGAGAUUCUGGACCCCCAAAAGAAACACCUCUUCCAACAACACCACCAACAUCUCCUCCAUCUGUAACUCCUUCACCUCCAUCUCCACCGAAAGCUGAACCACCUCCACCUUCAGCUGGACCACCCCCACCUUAAACAAUUGAAAUUUAGUCUCAUUAUUUCUUACAUAUUAUACACAUUCUGUC